UCUAUGGGGUUGAUCCGCCAGGCAAAGCUUGUUUUAGCAGUGAUUUUGGUGCAGCUCGGGUAUGCUGGGCUAAAUAUAAUCUCUGUGUUUGCUCUAAAGAAGGGAAUGAGUCCUUACACAUUCAUCGUGUAUAGAAUGGCCAUUGCCACUAUAGUUCUAGCUCCCUUUGCAUACUUUCUGGACAGGAAUUCAAGGCCUCCGAUGACUUGGUCCAUCACUGCAAAGAUAAUGUUGCUGAGUCUUUUCAACCCUGUGCUUGACCAGAACCUCUACUACAUGGGAAUGAAGCAUUCAAAUGCGACGUUCACUUCUGCAAUGUGCAAUAUGCUUCCUGCUUUUGCAUUUUGUCUAGCCUGCAUUUUUAGGUUUGAGAAGGUUAGCCUUAAGAAACUGCACAGCAUAGCAAAGGUGAUGGGGACGAUCAUCACAGUUGGGGGAGCAAUAGUCUUGACUCUAGUCAAAGGUCCCCCUUUGUGUCUACCAUGGGCCAAUAAUGGAGAACAAACUGAUCAUCAUCAAUCUGCACAAUGCUCUUCGGCUCAGACAGACCUUGUGAAAGGAGCUCUAUUUAUUGUGGGGGCUUGUUUCUGCUGGUCUUGGUUUGUCAUAUUGCAGGCAAUUGUUUUAAGAUCCUACCCUUGUCAACUCUCUCUCACAGCAAUGAUAUGCUUUUGGGGCAUGGUGGAAGGAGCAAUACUGGCUUUUGUAGUUGAAAGGGGACAUAGUGGAGUCUGGUCUAUACAAUUCAACAUCAAACUUAUAGCAACAUUUUAUGGGGUUGUCAUACUGCAGGCACUGCAAUCUGGGGUUGCUUAUUAUGUGAUGGGAAUGGUAGUAAAGGAAAAAGGACCUGUUUUUUACUCAGCUUUUAAUCCCUUGGCCACAGUAAUGGUUGCAAUCCUGGGUUCCUUUGUUUUAGCAGAACAAUUGUACCUUGGGAGUGUUAUUGGAGCGGCUGUGAUCAUCAUUGGUCUAUAUCUCGUUCUCUGGGGAAAAGCAAAGGAUCAAUCUUCUCCAUCACAGUGUUGCAUGAUCGAUGAGAAAGCAAGAGGUUUUCUGAGGUUGUUGGUGCUUGCACCUCCUCGCCUCUAUUGGGUCUGGACCCUACGUGCUAAGGGGUCAGUGACUUGGGCUUUUGAUUGGUGUGAGCCUGGAUGGCUGCCACCACAUUGGAUAGUAGUUGGGAACCCGGCUCUUUGGAGGGUGUGGAGCUUCUGUCCACCAUUGCAGGAUCUAGUGCUUGCUACCACUGAAAGAAACUCAGUAGAGAUGGAGCGAGAUCCCUCUGCCGCAUCUGCAUAA